UGCCGCAUAUCUCAUCAUUAUUGAUGGUUGCUGCUGCUCGUGUACCCUGCGCACAGCAUGAGAAGUGCCAAUAAAUUGGCUUAUGGAGAUCGUCACGCAGAAUGACUACCGACCGGUGAGCCGAAAGUUCAAGGUCAGAAUUUCUCUCGAGACGCUUCGGCACCCCCGCUUGACCUCAGGCGUUGCUUUCCUCCGUUCAAAUUGGCGAGCUUUAACGCCACACACGUGUAAUACAACCGGGCGCCGGUCAGCUUCUGAACAAGUCCCGCCCAAACGUUGGGUGAAGAGGCGACACUCCACGUCAUUGAAACCCAACCUGCAUGAUAUGUUCUGCAUCGUCCGAACUUUGACGCCUUCGUGGAAAUAUAUGAUGUUGAUGAUGAUGAUGAUGGCCAACAAAUGUUUCCUUGUUGUCGCUUAUGCUCCGAUGGUAGCUGUUGCAAUAGGAGCGGUGAAGCUUACAUAUGUCGUGCGACAAAUGGCCUGAUCCAACGCACUCCUUGCAUGAUCGUGACGAGGGCGCAUUUCGCCGCACAGUCCAAGGCUAAUAGCGGCAGAUUCAUGCCACCAGAUACUUCGAAACGACUCCUGCAUGCUUGGUUUCAAGAUCGACCUGUGCGAUCGACAAUUUCAUACGCAGGACAGAACUAGAGACGUAGCAUCACUGAGUGUAUUGAGUAUACGGUUUGUCACGGAACACGCGCUUACGCUCCGGUCUCG